CCGUUUACAAAUAAUUGCGGUAGUUUUUUUUUUUAAAAAAUAAUAAUAAAAAAUAGAUUAUGUACAAUAGAUUUCCGCCAUUUUACUAAUGCUGAAAUUUUAAAUUAUCAACAAAUGGAGUAACAAAAAUAAUGAAAAGAGGAGUGAAUCUGUUCUACACUUUUGACUGUGAAGAUCCUAUAAAACAGCUCCCCUUCCUCAUUUCUCUCCCCCUUCCCCACCUAAUUUACUCUCUUUUUCCCCCCAAACCUUCUCCUUCCUCACUUCACUUCUCCUCAUUUUCUCUCUCCUCUAAAAUUUUCCUUAAAUUCCCCAUCAGUUACUCUCUCUUAAACCCGUAAGGGUUUAUCAUUUAUUCACUAAUCACUCAUUUCACUCCCUUAAUCUUCCUCUAAUCUUCAUCUUCUCCAAAAUUCCGUUAAUGUAAACACAAACAACACCAAAAAUGAGAUCUUUAACAGCAGUGAAAUACUCAGAACAGAAAAUCAUCACAAAAAAAACACUCCUUCUCUCUCCUACUAUUCCGUCGCCAAAAAUCGUCAGAAUUUCCGUCAGAGAUGACGACGCUACCGACUCUUCCGACGACGAAGACAACCUACCCAGUUGUCGUACACGUGUAAUCAAACACAUAUCAGAGAUCCGGUUUGAAGUGGGCUUACCCGAACAACCCACCAAAGCCCAAGCCCAGCCCAAAAGAGGUGAUAAGAAACAAAACGGGUCAACCCGGAAAUACCGUGGGGUCCGACAACGUCCAUGGGGCAAAUACGCGGCGGAGAUCCGAGAUCCGGUUCGUCGUACGAGGAUUUGGCUUGGAACAUUCGAGACUGCCGAGGAAGCUGCUUUUGUUUACGAUAAAGCUGCUAUUAAACUACGUGGACCCCACGCUCAGACCAACUUUAUUCAACCACCUUCUCUUAUGACGUCACCUUCCGUCGAAGUGACGUCACUUUCCGAUGAUGAUGAAGAUGAAGAACACACUACUCAUCAUAGUCUACGUUCGCCUACCUCUGUUUUAAGACACGAUGACGUGGAGGAGAGAGAAACAGGAAAAGGAAAAUCACACAAGAAGAUGAAAAAAGAAACAACAAGGAGUAAUAGUAGUAGUAGUUGUUGUGAUUUUGUGGGUGACUUGAAACCGGAAGAACAGGUGAUGAGUUUACCAGGAAUAUUAUUGGAAGAUACUUCAUCGAUUUUGAAUGAAAUCUUUUUCAACGACGACGCAAAUAGUUCCAUGUUUUCUCUUGAUAAUCUUCUCCCUGAUUUAUCAUUUGAUGAUCAUGAUGAUUUCAAGGCUUUUCCUGCUUCAUUUGAUUCGGAUUUUGACGCUCAAGAUUUCUCGUCGCUUGAUAAAUCUCAAGUAGAUGAUUAUUUCAAUGAUAUUGAUUUUCAAGAUUUUUCCAAAAUAGAUGAUUAACAACAACAUUUCCUUUCAUAUCAUUAACAUGGGUAAUUAAUUAAUUAAUUAUUGUUAGUACUCAGCUAGUAAGUAAAUAGAGGAGAGGUUUUUUUCUAGUUAAUUUUCUCUCCUUCGUAGCUUUUCUAAGUGUGCAUAGAAUUAAGCUAGUAUUAAUAAGUAAUUAAGUAGGAUUAUUAUUAUAUUAUAUGCUAAGUGAAUAUUGAGAUUUGAGAGUUGGGUUUGUAAUGCUUGGAAGAUAUUGUUCUUUCUAUGCUGUCGAUUUUGGUAUAUAUAUAUUUAUUAAAGUUUGGUUA